AUGGACCAAAUUUGGCUUAAUCUGCUUUUUCUUUCAGGACUGCUGUCAUUAACUCUGUGUAUACAACAAGAGUAUAUUCUGAUCGAGCAGGCUAUGACGUGGGAAAAUGCACAGAAUUACUGCAGGACGCACCAUAUUGACCUGGCCACCGUUCAGAGUGAUGAAGACUGGACGCGUCUGCAAGAAGCUGCAGAUACGUUUUCUGGCUUUGCCUGGAUCGGACUGUACAAGGACAUCAACAGCUGGCGCUGGUCCUGUAACGAGGAAAGUCUGGUGUUCAAGUCCUGGGCUUCGGGUCAGCCAGAUAACUACUAUGGAGGAGAGGAGUGUGCUGCAAUAUAUUAUAAUGGAGGCUGGCAAGAUUUCGCCUGCACCAUCUCUUAUUAUUUCAUGUGUUAUGAUGUUUUCACAGGAAGUGCAAACGCAACAGAGAAAAUGGUUUUGAGCACGACUACAAAGACAUGGAUUGAUGCUCAGGAGUACUGCAGACAUCAUUAUACAAACCUGGCUACCAUUAGGAGUCAAGAAGACAAUGAUGAGAUAAUCAAGUUGAUAUAUAGUUUGCAGGUUUUUGUCUGGAUUGGAUUGUACAGAGACAAUUGGAAGUGGUCAGAUCAGGCGAACAUCACUUCCUCAACCCAAAUCAUUACUCAGACAUUUAGAGUGCAGAGCUAUGACUGCAUUGGUGCAAAUAUUUAUCCUCGUACACUUGAAGACUGGACAUGCACCUCAGCUUAUUACUUCUGCUGUAACACUGACUUUUACAAAUUAAAGCAGACGCUGAGCAAUCAGGACGUCACGAUGGAAUGGAGGACGCAACCCAACGGGAAAGUCUUUCAGAAGAACAGGACUGGACAAAAACAUAGUGAAGCAAACACUACUCGUGUUUGUUCUUCUUUGGGGUGA